AUGGUCAAGCGGGUUCUUGGAGAGGGAAGUGAACAUAAGAUUCAGCAGAUUUCCUUGUCAGACGACACGGUGAAGCUGAGAAUUAGUGAAAUGUCAGAUGAUAUCAUGGAACAACUUGAAACUACCACAAUAGCCUUAUAUGUGAUGGAAAAGUUGACUUCUUUCUUCACAAGUAACUGGAUCACCUGGAAAAAUUGUUGUGGGGGCUGUACUGAUGGGGCUCCGGCGAUGCUGGGAUCGAAAUCGGGGUUACAGAAGCACGUCAAGGAAGUAGCUCUGAAUGCCAAAGGGGUUCAUUGUAUGAUCCAUAGUUUUGCACUGGCGUCGAAAACCCUCCCUGAUGCCCUUUGCAAGAUCCUGGAGGCAGUGGUAAAAUGCGUCAACUUUGUGAAAGCAGGAGAUUUGAACUCUCUCCUUUUCCAGAACCUCUGUAGAGGCUUGGAUUCAGAACAUGAAACCCUCCUCUUUUGCUCCAAAGCGCGGUGGCUCUCCACGGGUAAUGUUGUGAAUCGAGUGUUCGAACUUCGGGAAGAACUUAAGUUGUUCCUGGAAAUGAAUCGGAAGGAUGAUCUACUAAGUCACUUCAACGAGGUGUUGUGGGAGCCACGUCUUGCGUAUCUGGCGGACAUAUUUGAGCAGCUAAACAGGCUGAAUCUCAAGCUACAAGGCAAGGAAAGAAAUGUGUUUCACCACAUGGAUUGUAUUCGUGCAUUUCUUCACAAACUCCAGAACUGGCAAAGGAAAGAAGAAGAGAAAUUGGUGAAUCCUUUCUCUGGCACUCUUGAUAUUGCUGCCAUUCCCGAUGAUGGUCAUGACGAAUUCCUUGAUCUCAGGAACGAAUCUGCUGCCAGAGACCUCUGUGAAGAAAAAUCUCUGACUAGAGUACUUGUGAUCGAUCACUUGCUGGUUAAUGUUGAUAGACAUGUGGCUGCUGCGCUCAUUGUGGCAACAACUGAAAGCGACACGUCAUGCAAAAGUUUUGGCAUGUCACAAUUUUUCCGUAGUGCUGACGAUAACACAAAGCAAAAGUCUCAGUGCAGUCUCCUAGUAACUACAAGUGUUGUCCACGACACUGCACUCUGCUAG